CAUGGAGCUAAUACUGUUGUGUCAACUCAUCAACAAUAUGGCCUCAUUCACAUGGAGGCUGAUUAUCCUCCAUAAUCCUGUUGAUGAAAUUUCAUCUGACACCAAAAUCACACUUCCAAUACUAACAUCCAUUAAUUCGUCCGCCCUUACCACAUAA